GUUUCAGCAAGACAGCAGUGAACAAGUUGAAGCAAAGAAAUCUUGAUUUGUCUAUUGUUAUUCAGUUUCUAAUUAAGCAGCGUUUGCCCCUUUUCUGAGUUUUCAAGAUGUCUAGCAAGAAAUCAAAGAAGAAGAAGCACAAAAAAGAGGAAAGAAUCUCAUCGAGUUCCUUGAGAGAAGAUGAUAGAAAGGAGAGAGACGCAAAGAGACUCGGCGGCCCAAAGAACAAAAAUAAACAUCGGCGGCGACGGCAUGAAAAUUCUGACAAAGAUAAAAGGAGGAGGGCCAUUGACUCCCAAUCAACAAGAAAAGACAGCCCCAAAAAAGAAAGACUGAAAAAAACAGAUGUGGAAAUAGGAAAAAGCAAGAAAGAAAGUUCUCCAGAAGGCAAAGCAACUGAGACUUCCAGGACAGUUUUCAAGUUGCCUAUCACAAAGGAGAAAGAGAGGGUGAAUGCCAAAUUGAUGAAGCAUGAAAAUGCAAGUCCCCAUAUCUUGGGGAGAAGUUCCAAUAGACACACUGCAACAAAACAGCCGUCUUCAAAGGAGUUGGAGGAGCAGAAACAAAAGCUGAUGUUGAGGAGAUCUGCACCUGAGCAGCUUAGAAGUAGACCUUCGCAGAAGGAUUCUUCCCCUGAGGAACUCCAGGAGAAAAGGAAAAAGCUAAUGAAAAGGUCAUUAUCACCAGAGUUUCAUUCUGAAGCUAAGCGAAGGGACAUCAAAAACCUGACCAAUAGUAAUUUAGCUAAAGUUACAUCUAAAGUUCUGUGGGAAAUGAGGAAGAAGUUGGUGGGCAGGAGGUACAAGGAGAUUGACCAGACUGUCGGUGCUAAGAUGAAACAGAGUUCUCAUGAUAAAACGGUGAAUGACUACUCCAAAGAGGCUUUGCCUGUAGUGAAAUAUGUAGACACUGGAACUAAACUCAAAUUACCACCAUGUACUAAACACCAUGUACAGUCAAAUAUAGCACCUAGUGCAAUUUUAAGAGAAGAAAGACCAUCCUCUGGUCCCAUGCCAAAAGUCAAUUUCAAGAUUCCAAAGAAGGCCAAUGCUGUUAAAGCUCAGACAAAAACAGAUAUUUGGAAUGUCAAUUUGGAUUCUUCUGACAGCAGGACUCAAUGUAAUGUUGGUUCUCCAUCCAUCUCGCAACAAGGACAGAGGCCUCCAAAGGUUUUUGCUCAGCCCUCUAAUAAACCCUUGUCUCUGUGUUCAUCACAUUCUUUAUAUUUAUCUCAAGUCAAGGAGCUGCAGACUGAUAAAACAGAGGCCACGACACCUAGCAAUACUCCAUGCAAGGCAGAACAUAUAACUCCUCAGAAAGAUGCAGAGACCUUUGACUGUGACCAUGAGAUGCAGCUGGUCGAGGAGCUGCAUCUGGCACGCUCAGAGAGGCGUCUAGUGGUUAACUUGGUGGAGAGCUGUGGAGAACUCACCUGCAUGGAUAUUGAUCCUCCAGAAGAGGGUGCCAGCAUGAUGUUCAAUGAAGAACAACAUAAACAGGACCUCCUUAUCAUCCUGGAUACCAAUGUGCUCCUCAGCCACCUGGACUUUGUGAAGAAGAUAAGGUCACGUGGUCUUGGUGUGCUGGGGUUUCCCACUUUGCUUAUCCCAUGGGUGGUUCUGCAGGAGUUGGACUCUCUGAAGAGUGGUAGACUCUCCAGUAAGGUGGAAGACAAAGCCAGGCCAGCUGUCCAAUACAUUUACUGCUGUUUGAAAAACCAAGAGCCCAGACUAAUGGGCCAGUCAAUGCAGCUGGCCUCCCAAGCUGUCUGUGAGACUGGUGUUGUGAACAAUGAUGACCGAGUACUGCAGUGCUGUCUGCAGUACCAGGCGUUGUACCAAGAGGGAGCUCUUGUACUUUGCACUAAUGACAAGAAUUUGUGCAGCAAGGCUCUGUUUAGUGGGGUUAAGGCUUUGAGUAAGGCAGACUUAGAAGUGGAGGGAAACAGACCUACAAUCAUAAACUACCCUCACGUUCAUCCCGUUGUGCUUCCCCCUGCUGGACCUGCAACGAAAGCAGAGAAAGAAGAAACGCAGGAGAGAAGAAACAAUGCAGUGGAAAAACAAGAGCUGAGUGAGUGUGUGUCUGCACUUGAAUCCUGCCUCCAGUGGGCACUGUCUGAGGUGCUGGAGGAGGAGAUGAAGGCUGCCUUUGGAGACCUGUGGAUCGAGAUAGUGUAUAUGAAAUCUCCUUGGAAUCUGGAUGGUGUACUCCAGUGUUUUAAGAAGCACUGGAUUGCUGUUUUUGGAAACAUUAUGAAGAGGAACCUGCUUACGUGCGUGAAGUCGCUGAGUGACUUUCUCUGUUCAGAUAGGUCCAUAGAACACAGAUCUGUUCUCAGUGCUGUGAGAAGGGCUAUAGAACUGUUGUUGGGACUAGCUGGCAGAUCCCAGUACAGCGGUCAUGUGGAUCAAGCUCUCUCCACCCUUCAAAUGCUACAGCAGAAACUACAGUUUCCGCAAGCUCCGAUAGAGGUUGAGGACAAUGACACACUGAUGGCAGAGCUAGAUGAGGAUGUAGCUCCACCCCCUCUGACGUCAUAUCAAGACAUUUGGGUGUUGUUUGAGAGCAUCUGGAACAAUGUGUGUCAGAUUAGUUCAGCUCUGUUCUCAGCAUUCCACUACACUCCAGGAACCACUGAGCCAAGUCUACUGCCCACCUCAUCCCUACCUCAGGAAGCCCUCUCCUGCCUGCACAGGGUUUCCACUGUAGUCAAACAGCUGGAGGCUCUUCAGAGGGUAUUGUCUGUGAAUAGCAGUGUAGAAGAUGCUCAGUCACUUCUCUCCUUCAUUCAAGCCAGUGCGAUUGCUGCUAUGGAGCCACGUUUCACUGCCAGGGACCUGUUUGAUUGCUUUUCAAAACAGGAAUACCGGGAGAAGCUGUGUGUGGGUUGUUCGCAACUGUCUGAACUGACUGCAAAUCUGGAUCGCUGUGCUGCUGCUCUGAGUCCUUGGACCUGAAGAUGCUUGGACCCAACCUGAUUUUGACGGCAAUGCCCUGGUGGGACAGCACGCUAACGCUUUUUAACGCUAAAUAAAACAAGAUAUAGAUGUGUGGUUUUGGUGCUUUAAACUGUUAGGGAGUAAGAUGAAUUGCUAAAUCUCCAAUCUCUGCCCUGCCACUCUGCUCAAAAUCCUUCUGACAUUCAGGAGCUGUUGUGGAAACAGGUUAUUAUGUAUUCGGUUGGAAACUGAGGUAUUAGUUCACAAUACUUUCUCAAAUGGCAUUGCUCAUCACUCCUCCGAGGCUUUGUAUUAUUAAAUUAGUUAGUGCGGCAGUGAGUCACAUGUCGAUGCCAAAUUUCUCGGCCAUCAGUCUUGCCCAGGAAAGUCUAUCUAGAAAUCCACUAAUUUGUUCCAUGGUUUUAAAUACAUCAUUUUUGUCUGGUUUGCUGCUUUCCUUGAAAUUUUCACUUGUCAUAACUUUUAGUUCUGCCACUGCAAGAUUCAAUGCACCAACAUUAAGAGCAUUACUUUUUUCUGAUUUCAAGCUGAAUGACUUCCAAUUUGUCUGAACAAGAGCUGAUUCUACAAGUAAAAACAAAAUGUGGACCACAUAUUACGGAGAUCUGUUUACAGUUGAAGUCAGAGGUUUACAUACACCUUGGCCAAAUAUAUUUAAACUCUGUUUCUCACAAUUCCUGACAUUUAAUCUCAGAAAAUAUUCCCUGUUUUAGGUCAGUUAGGAUCACUACUUUAUUUUAAGAAUGUGAAAUGUCAGAAUAAUAGUAGAGAGAAUAAUUUAUUUCAGUUUUAUUUCUUUCAUCACAUUCCCAUUGGGUAAGAAAUUUACAUAGAAUUUGUUAGUAUUUGGUAACAUUGCCUUUAAAUUGUUUGACUUGGGUCAAAACUUUGUGUAGCCUUCCACAAGCUUCUAACAAUCAGUUGCUGGAAUUUUGGCCCAUUCCUCCAGACAGAACUGGUGUAACUGAGUCAGGUUUGUAGGCCUCCUUGCUCGCACACACUUUUUCAGUUCUGCCCACAAAUGUUCUAUCAGAUUGAGGUCAGGGCUUUGUGAUGGCCACUCCAAUACCUUGACUUUGUUGUCCUUGAGCCAUUUUGCCACAACUUUGGAUUAAUGCUUAGGGUCAUUGUCCAUUUGGAAGAUCCAUUUGCGACCGAGCUUUAACUUUCCGCCUGAUGACUCAAGAUGUUGCUUCAAUAUAUCCACAUAAUUUUCAUGAUGCCAUCUAUUUUGUGAAGUGCACCACUCCCUUUGCAGCAAAGCACUCCUACAAUGUGAUGCUGCCACCCCCAUGCUUCAGGGGUGGGAUGGUGUUCUUUGUCUUGCAAGCCUCACCCUACUAUGGUCUUUAUGGCCAAAAAGUUCAAUUUUUGUAUCAUCAGACCAAACGAAGUUUCUCCAAAAAGUAAGAUCUUUGUGCCCAUGUGCACUUGCAAACUGUAGUCUGGCUUUUUUGUGGCGGUUUUGGAGCAUUGGCUUCUUCCUUGCUGAGCAACCUUUCAGGUUAUGUCGAUAUAGGACUCGUUUUACUGUGGAUAUAGAUACUUGUCUACCUGUUUCCUCCAGCAUCUUCACAAGGUCCUUUGCUGUUGUUCUGGGAUUGAUUUGCACUUUUUGCAACAAACUUUGUUCAUCUCUAGGAGAAAGAAUGCGUCUCCUUCCUGAGCAGUAUGAUGGCUGCGUGAACGUGGUACCUUCUGGAAUUUGUGAAUUGCUCCCAAGGAUGAGCCAGACUUGUGGUGGUCCACGAUUUGUUUUUCUGAGGUCUUGGCUGAUUCCUUUUGAUUUUCCCAUGAUGUCAAGCAAAGAGGCACUGAGUUGGAAGGUAGGCCUUAAAAUACAUCCACAGGUACAUGUCUAAUUCAGUACACCUCCUAUCAGAAACGAAUUGGCUAAUUGUCUAUAGGCUUGAUAUCAUGUGGAAUUUUCCAAGCUGCUUAUAGACACAGUUAACUUAGUGUAUGUAAAUUAUGAGCCACUGGAAUUGUGAUAUAGUCAAUUAAAAGUGAAACAAUCUGUCUGUAAACAAUUGUUGGAAAAAUGUUUUCAUGUCCUGCACAAAAUAGUUGUCCUUAAUGACUUACAGUAUAACUAUAAUUUGCUAAUAUGAAAUCUUUGGAGUGGUUGAAAAAUGAGUUCUAAUGACUUCAACGUAAGUGUAUGUAAACUUCUGACUUAAACUGUAUGUUACUUUUUCAGAUCUACGCAGUGUAAUCUAUGCAGUUCUCAGGUUUUGAGAUAUUUUUGAGUUGUAAAUAUAUUUCAUUUGUAUUAAA